UGCAUCAGCCCGUACCUGAAACAAGGUGGCUGCCUCGUUGCGCAUGCGCACGCCCUUCUCCCUUCAUCUGUAGGAUACUAUAAGGGCAACCCCGAGAGCGGAGCUUGAUUCAGGCUACAGUAUCUGGACCGGACCGAGGCGGGCAGGAAGCACAUUAGCAAGGCGGAGGAGAUGGAGGACAAAGAGAAAAAGAAGGCUAUAAACUCCUCCAGCAGCGACAGAGUCACGCUAAAGAAAGAAAUCGGACUUUUGAGCGCGUGCGCUAUCAUCAUCGGGAACAUUAUCGGCUCUGGAAUAUUCAUCUCUCCUAAAGGCGUGUUGGAGCACGCAGGCUCUGUGGGGCUGUCGCUCAUCGUCUGGGUCUGUGGAGGGGGCAUCUGCGCCCUUGGCUCUAUGUGCUAUGCUGAACUUGGGGUCACCAUCCCAAAGUCCGGAGGAGACUAUUCAUACGUGACAGAGAUCUUUGGAGGGUUAGUGGGCUUCCUGUUGUUAUGGAGUGCCGUCCUCAUCAUGUAUCCGACCACACUGGCUGUCAUCGCUCUCACCUUCUCCAAUUACGUCUUGCAGCCGGCCUUCCAGCACUGCCUGCCUCCGUUCAUCGCCACCAGACUCCUUGCCACCAUCUGCAUCUUGUUCCUGACCUGGGUGAACUGUUCCAGUGUUCGCUGGGCGACGAGGAUACAGGAUGUUUUCACUGUAGGGAAACUCCUCGCGCUGGCACUCAUCAUCGUCGUAGGACUCGUCCAGAUCUGUAGAGGUCACUACGACGCCCUACGGCCCAGCGUGGCCUUUGAGUUCAGCCAGGACCCCUCGGUGGGACAGAUCGCCUUGGCCUUCCUCCAGGCCUCGUUUGCUUACAGCGGCUGGAAUUUCCUCAACUACGUCACAGAAGAGGUCGUGGAGCCGCGCAAGAACCUGCCUCGAGCCAUCUACAUCUCCAUUCCACUGGUGACGCUGGUCUACACCAUGACCAACAUCGCCUACUUCUCCUCCAUGACCCCUCAGGAGCUGCUGGCGUCCAACGCUGUAGCAGUGACAUUUGGGGAGAAGCUCCUGGGCAUGUUUUCCUGGGUGAUGCCCAUAUCCGUAGCGCUGUCCACCUUCGGCGGGAUAAAUGGAUAUCUGUUCACCUCCUCCAGGUUGUGUUUCUCCGGAGCCAGGGAGGGUCACCUGCCCUACCUGCUGGCUAUGAUCCACCUGAAGAACUGCACGCCCAUCCCCGCCCUGCUGGUCUGCUGCAUCGCCACGAUAGUGAUCCUGUGCAUCGGAGAAACGCACAACCUGAUCAACUACGUGUCCUUCAUCAACUACCUGUCCUACGGCGUGACCAUCGCCGGCCUGCUCUACCUCCGCAAGAAGAGACCCAACCUAGCAAGACCCAUCAAAGUAAGCAUGCUGAUCCCUAUCGCCUACUUGGUGUUCUGGGCCGUGCUGCUGGGCUUCAGCCUGUACUCUGAGCCUGUGGUUUGUGGCCUGGGCAUGGUGAUCAUGCUGACCGGAGUCCCCGUGUACUUUGUGGGUGUUCAGUGGAAGAACAAGCCUAAGUGGCUCUACAGGCUAGUUGAACGAGUCACGUACGUGGGCCAGAAGGUGUGCUACGUGGUGUUUCCUCAGGGAGACCCUUCAGAGACUGAACCCCUCACUGCCUCUAAAGCCAAUGACUGAGCAGAGGACUCAACCAGAAACCCGCUUUCUACAUCCACACCUGUACUUUCAGUUUUUUUGCCCUGCAGAUGUUUUGACGCUGUUCGGCCGCUUCGCGUGCGGUGAGGAGACGGUCUUGCACACGCUCCAGCGCAGAUACAGCCUAAACGAAGCUGCAGUGAAACCCCCGGUGUAAAAGAAGCAGAUGACCGUAGCCCCAGAGCCGGGGCGAGCUCCUAUUUGUUCCGUUGUACUGUCCGUUAACUCUUCCCACCAUGCUGUUUUGGCUUGUUUUUUUUCUCAUCUUCUCUCUUUAUACGUCCUUCUAGUAACUUCUGCUUCACCUUAUAUAUCCUCUAAAAUUAAUGACUAAAUCUUUAUCAUAAUGUGCCUUAUGAAAUGUACGUGCAGGUGUAAAAUAACCUUCAUGUCGCGAAUAUGCAAACAAUUUCUGCACUACUCUAUUACUGCUGCUAUCCUCACCUGUGUUUCACUAAUUACUCAGACGAUGUCACUGUUUGCCUGCUGUGGAUGAGUAUUUUUCUGUUUCACCGCCUGACCCGGUACCCCACGCCCCCACCCAGAUCCCCCUCCCUACCCCUGAUCAUCUACACGAUCCUUCCCAGCAAAAGUACUGCAUGUGACCUCACGUUCGAAGGAGCUGUCUCUCUCGGAAAUGAAAAAGAAGCUGCGUCGUCACAACACACGACUUGCCCAUUUUGUACACGUCGUCAUCACUGGGAAUUCCCCCUUGACCCCUCACGAAGUGCUUGAGCUGCCGCAACAGUUAUUAGAUUUCAAAUGUCUCGCCUGAUCUUAUGUCCCACUAUGAACCAUUAACGUGUUGGAUAACAAACAGACAAACCCCUGCAGACACACGAACCGUUGGCUGUUUACCUAUUCGCCUUCUUGGCUGCUCUCUUCUCACCCAAAGACACAUCAUCGCUGCAGUGACCCUUGGCCCACUGACCUUUAUAGAUUGACUCACUUAUAUGUAAUUUUAAAAUAGUACAAGCUUAAUUUAUAUUUGUCACUGACAUACUUUCUUGUGGUCCUCUUGACUCAACGUAUUGGCACAAAUGAAGCUCUAGCUACAAACAAUCUCAUAUUGUUGUGGUAGCUCUACCUUAACAGUGUGUAUUUACCAUGGUGACAUGUAUUUGGGUAAACCUCGCCAGCACCGGUCCGUUUGCUGUUUAUGUUGUACGUACAACAAGUUUCUUAUGAAGGGUUGGGCCAGGAUGUAAACAUGCAGCGUGGACCUUGGAUUGAGUAUUCCCUCGCAUCCAGUCCACAGACAGCAGCGUCUGUCUGUCUGUCUGUCUGUCUGUCUGUCUGUCUGUCUGUCUGUCUGUCUGUCUGUCUGUCUGUCUGUCUGUCUGUCUGUCUGUCUGUCUGUCUGUCUGUCUGCAGUGUGCAGGUGCUGGAAGCUCAGCUGAGUUUUGUAAAUACUGUGUGAAGAAACUAAACUGUUACAAAUGUGCCAGGGAGUCCUACAAAGACCAUUCCUCAGAUACGUUGUGAUUCAUUUACAUACUGUAAAAUUGAUGGGUACAUCUGUGUGUUUUGUAAGAGUAAAGUUUCGAAGAAUAACAGUGUAAUUGCUUAUUAAAUAUACCAACUUGUAAAAA